AUGUUUGGACAAUCAAGAGAUGAAGAAGUUAUUGAGAUGGAUAAUGUCAAGCUUAUAGAAAAUGAAUCGCUCCAGCAAACUUUAAUUAUGAGAGAACAAGACAAACAAUUAGAAUCAUUGUAUGGAACAGCUCGAAAUAUUCAUGAAAUAGCUGCGACUAUUGGCAAUGAACUUGAAGAUCAGAAAAUUUUGAUGAACAAAUAG